AUGCAUCCCGCCAUUUAUGCAUUGACGUUUCUCGUGCUUGUCUCGCUUGGCGAUGGCUACAGCUCCAACUACUACUGCUCGGUGAACCUCUGCCCGUUCGGCGGCCCAAAUGUAGGCUGCAACCCUCCUUCGGCCGGCGGCGGUUACUAUUGCUAUGGAAAAUCGGCGAAGUCAGUGCAAAUGACUAAAUCACUGAAGUCACACCUGCUGCACCUCCAUAACUACUACCGGGCGAAGGUGGCGUCCGGUCGGCAGCCCCCGUUCUCGCAGGCUGCCCGCAUGUACACGAUGGUCUGGGACGACGAGCUGGCGGCUCAAGCCGGACACAAUGCCCGCUCGUGUCUGUUCGCCCACGAUACGUGCCGCAACACGCCCGAAUUUCGCCACUCCGGACAGAACCUGGCGAUAUUCGGAUUCACCGGUGCCAGCUACGACAUCAAGGACAUCAUGACGUCCUUGGUGAACACGUGGUGGAACGAGUAUCGCUACACGAAACCAUCAUACCUGAAGUCGUUCCCGCGGUCCAAAACAAAAGCGAUCGGUCACUUUACAAUGCUUGUCCACGAUGGUGCCUGGAAGCUCGGUUGCGCCAUGCAGCACUGGAACGAAGGCGCCGAGAAGAAGGUCUAUCUCGUCUGCAACUAUUCGUACACGAACAUUAUCGGCCGUCCGGUGUACACUGUGGGUCCCGCAGGAUCCAAAUGUCAAGCCGGUAUGAAUCCGAACUAUCCGGGACUCUGCAAGACGUAG